AUGCGGCUUCACAUUAUGGUACCGUCUAUUAUUACCACCUUCUUCUUCUUCUUCUUCUUCAUUUUGCUUCUUUAUGGCUCUUUCAUGGCUGCUUUGGUUACUGCAAUGAACACUUCCGAAGCCGUCCUGAUUAGAGUUGAUUGGACUGGUAGAGGAGAUUUUACGAAGAUACAAGAUGCCAUUGAUGCCGUUCCUUCUAAUAACGCUGAAGUGGUCUUCAUUUGGGUCAAGCCAGGAAUAUACAGAGAGAAGAUUGUGGUGCCAGCUGAUAAGCCGUAUAUAACAUUGUGUGGAUCUGGUGUAACCAAGACCAUUGUAACAUGGAGGGAGGGCGUCGACAUUUUUAAGUCUGCUACAAUCUCUGUACUGGCUCCAUAUUUUGUUGGGCAGCUACUCACAAUAGAGAACACAUAUGGAGUUAGUGCCCAAGCCGUUGCAUUAAGGGUAGAGGGAGAUUUAGUAGCCUUUUACGCUUGUAAUAUUGUGUCUUAUCAAGACACACUACUGGAUGAUGUUGGUAGACAUUACUAUCACAAUUGCUACAUAGAAGGAGCCACUGAUUUCAUAUGUGGAAAUGGUGCAUCCCUGUUUCAGAGGUGUCAUUUGCAUUCCACCAGCGAAUACCAUGGAUCCAUUACCGCUCAACAUAGAGAGUCAGCAUUAGAUAAUACUGGUUUCACCUUUUAUGGCUGCAAUAUUACUAGUGUUGCUCCAGCUUUCCUUGGAAGGCCUUGGGCAGCUUAUUCUAGAGUGGUUUUUGCUAUAACUUACAUGUCUGACAUGAUAAUUCCACAAGGUUGGGAUGAUUGGAACAGAAACAAGAGUGAACGCAGUACGGUGUAUUAUGGUGAAUAUAUGUGUUAUGGUCCGGGAGCUAGCACGUCGAAAAGGGUUGAUUGGUCGAAGAGACUUACGCAUGACGAGGUUGUACCCUUCCUGAACUGGGACAUGCUUGGAGGGAAGAGUUGGCUAAGACCCAUACCCCGCAAAUUUAAGAAGCCUGGCUUUAUGUAG